AUGGCUUGUUCCCCAACUCCAGAUGUCGUUCUUACGGGCAUGUCUACGUCGGAUUUGAGUUUGAACGCACGUGCAUUGUCCUCGGACGAAGCUCUUGUUACGUGGAGUUUCAUUGGUGAUGUCGACGUCAGUAGUUUGCGGCUGUUCAUCGCAAAUUCCCCGGUGGUCAAGUGGCACGCGUUCCAGCCUGGCAGACGACACACAGAGUUCCGGUUGCAAGGAUUGGAGCCAAGACCUCGACCACCUACAGGCGUGUCUGUAAAGAAGAUGACAGACGGCAAGGUGAAGGUCGGUUGGUCAUCAUCAGGACAGAGUGGAAUCAUAGGAUACCUGCUGUUCUAUUCGGAAGUGGACGCCAGCGACCAACCCGUGGGUGAGGUGAAGACGGAGCCUGUGUUUGGCACGUCCAGAUCGUUCGUUAUAGAAGACCUGAAACCAGACUCACGGUACAGGUUCCGAGUCUCAGCCUUGUCGCGGUAUGGCGAGGGCGUCCACAGCUCCCCGGUCUUCGUGGGAGAGAAGGUUACGAAAGAUUCCAAGAUCGUCAUCCCACCAAAACACCAGAAGGUCACGCAAGGAGGAACUGCCAUCUUCCUAUGUAAGGCGAUAGCAAAUCCCAUGCCAAACAUUGUCUGGAGAAAGUCAGGGAAAAAACUUACAUCCAAAAUGAAUGACAUCUCAAUCGUUAACAAAGAUGGUCUAUCCAUGUUGAAAGUUACUGAUGUAUCAUCCAAACGAAAUGGCCCCUACGUAUGCAUCGCUGGUAACACGGUUGGAAAGCGCGCAAAGGCCAAAGGAGUUUUAACAGUGCUCAAAAGACGAGCACCAACCGGCUACCCUGCAAUCUCGACAUCAAAACAGUCAUCAACAGAUUAUGUAGGAUCCAAUGUUACGCUGGAGUGUAAGGUAAAGGGAAAAGCACCGCUAAAUAUCGUCUGGUAUAGAAACUCCUAUCCAAUCAGGCCAGCGGCAAACAAACGACUGAGUGUAACAGCAGAUGGUCGCUUGAGUAUAAGAGACAUUCAGAAAUCCGACGAAGCAACAUACGAAUGUUCUGCUGAAAACAAACUUGGGUUUAUGUUGUCUGCAAAACAACUUCUGCAUAUUAACGAGAAACCACGUAUUCCAAAUACUUCAAACCUUACCAAAACGGAAGAGACGAUUGAGGUACCUCAUGGUUCCAGUGUGCGUCUCCAGUGUAUCCCCGUGGAUCAACACGCAGGGACUCUCACGUGGCUCAGAAACAACCAACACGUGAACGGUGACGACAACAACCAGCAGGUGUACACCAUCAGUGAUGUGAACGUCGACUUUACAGUCACUUGUGUUGUGGGAUAUAAAACGUAUAAUGCAACCAAAACGUUUUACAUUGUCGUUAAGAAGAAAGCUGAUUCUGGUAAACCAAUAAUGACUCGGGGAGAAAGUUCCAAGAGUAUCACAAUGGGCAUGAAUACAACACCACCAACUCCAACUGGCCCAGAUCAUGUGACCAUCACUGGCCUGGAAACACCUAAGAGGCUUGGCGAGUACGCCACUCUGACAUGCGUGUCUUCACCAAGUCACCCAGCCGCCGUCAUCUCGUGGUUCGUCAGGGGUCGCAAGCUGACCGACGCUGUGGCCACCGUGGAGGAAGCGCCAGAUGGUGGGUACGUGACGACGUCGAGAUUGGACAUAAAAGUCACGGACAAGGAUGGAAAUGUGACGUACAAAUGUCGAGCCAACAACAAACAUCUGGGAAAGACAGUUUCGUCUUCAGUGAUGCUAAGGAUUUAUGGUUCAAGCAAGAGAUCAAUCAUCUCCAUACCGCCGUCUAUCACAAGGGCGAGCCGUCUGAACAACACGUCUGCCAUUGUAGAAUGGCGGCCACCAACUGAUAUGCUUAGAUACAUUAAACGUUUCAAAAUCUACUACACUCCAGUUUUUAACAACAGCAGCCGACGGAAUGUUAAGGCAUUUACGGAGAUGCUCGACAAAGACAUAUGGAGGCAUAAAACGUCUUCCCUUGUUCCCGAUGUCGGCUACAGAGUGGAGGUAGCUUUAGUGACGUCUGACGGAGAAGGACCUAGAAGUGUUCCAUCGAGGAUACAGUCAGCAGUGCCAAAAAAGUUGGUUGCGUUCACAUCCGCUCUAGAAUCAGUUGCCGUCAAGGAACACGGAACUGCUGUAUUUACGUGCACAGCCACGGGGCAGCCUUUGUUUUCACUCCACUGGCAGCACAACGACACAGCAGUCAACUUCGAUGACCUUCGGUUUAAAAUGUGGCGGAGAGGAGGCACCACUAUCCUUCGCAUCGAUAACGUCAGAGUAGCAGACAGCGGUGAAUUUAAGUGUAUUGCUUCCAAUGCCUAUCAUGAUGCGACAGUCGGAAAAUCGGCUUCUCUGAAAGUCUACGGCUCUUCUGAAACUCCAACUGGAUUUCCUCGUGUAACAAAAUACCCGGAAAUGGUCGAGAGACCAGGCAGGGCGUACCUGACAUGCGAUAUAGUCAGUGAUUGGCCUUUUAAUAUCACGUGGUACAAGAAUUCCUAUCCUGUCGGGCAAAGUCCUAGGGUAUUCCAAGAGAUGGGUCGACUUCAUUUUAGAAAUUUGACAGCAGAGGAUGAUGGGAAUUAUGAGUGCAGCGUUACUAACAAAUUCGGAACAACUUUUUCCAGGGUGUCGGAAGUGUUUGUAAAAUCUGCUAGGAAUGUAAAUGCACCUAAACCACAAGUGAAGGAAGUGAGGGUGGCCCCUGGGUCCAAUGUGAAUCUGACCUGCGUGGGUGUCGGGACGCCAGCUCCACGGGUGAAGUGGCAGUACAAAGGUCAAGACCUAGAGACAGGGGGCAGCAGCGUACUUCAGCUUAUCGAUAUACACCAGUCCAGAAACUACACGUGCAUUGCUAUUGGAUUCGGUGGCCGAACCUUCGCUACGUUUGCCAUUAUUGUAGAAAGAAAUACUGCUUCAGCAAAGGUUAAACCUGUUAUUAUCGCCGAUGCCACCCAAAUAGCUGUCAACUACGGGGAAGAUGCUAACUUGACCUGUGCCACAAGGGGCCAGUCCGUGUUGUAUUUUAAAUGGCUCUUAAACGGCGAGCUGAUAUUUCAAGACAACAUCGGCGAGAACAUCAACGUCAGCGUCCUGCACGUCCCCAGAGUUACACACUCUAGAAACUACACAUGCGUGGCCGUCGGUGCUGGGGUAACAACGGAGGCCAUUUUUCAAAUCAUUGCUUUAAACGCCGACGGCCCAACUAUAACAAAUCCCCCGAAAGAUCAGAAAGUUAAGGAAGGAAAAGCAGUCAGAUUUUUCUGCCAGGCAUCGGGUGUUGAACCAGUGAGAGUGACGUGGCAGACGGGUGAGCAGACGAACUUGCCGAGAUCCCAGCACAUGAGUCUGGACGCUGAUGGUAAAAACAUGCACCAGCUGCUCAUACCGUCUGUCAGUCCCAAGAACUCUGGCACGGUUUACUGCGUGGCCACCGACGCCGACGGCAAAACGACGACUUCCGAGGCGAAGCUUGAUGUAUAUUCCUAUUCCGAUGUUCCACGUGGGUAUCCCAAGUUUUCCAAACAUCCUGUGACGAAGUCAGCCGAACUGGGGACGACUGUUGACUUCAAAUGCGACAGCGACGGUCACCCAGCGCCAACCAUCACGUGGUACAAAGACAACUUCCCAGUGGACCAGACUGAGGACAGACGAAUAAUCAUGUACAAAGGUCGUCUUAUAAUUGAUGACCUGAGGUCGACAGAUUCCGGAUCCUACCAGUGUGCCGCGGUCAAUGCAUUUGGAACAACCUAUUCCAAGACAUCUGUACUUACUCUGACUGCCAGACGAUUUCCUCCAGAAUUCACCUCUCUGUCUGACCCAGUCACUGUGGCGCGUGGAGCUUCAGUGAACCUCACGUGCACGGCAGACGGCUUCCCACUUCCGUUUGUGAAGUGGGUGAUGAAUGGUAUCGAUAUUGACAAACAUAACAUCCCCACUGGCGGGAACGUGCUGCUGAUCAGGAACGUGCAGUCAUCGGGCAAUUACACGUGCGUGGCGUACAACAGUCUCGGAGUAAUCAGAACAGACUUCCAGGUCAAAAUGCGUUCACCCCCGAAACUCGUGAAUUUGCCGAACCUGAAGCCCCACGUGAAGAAGAUCCCAGUGGCUCCAGGCGCGUAUGUUAACCUGACGUGUAUUGGGACUGGCGCCUCUAACCCCGUGUACACGUGGAAGUCCAACGGCGUCGACCUAAUCAACCAACACAACGCCAUGCUGGCUCUCAAAGAUGUGCAGGAAACGAAAAACUACACGUGUGUGGCCUUGGGCUCUAAAGGCACUUCCGAGGCAACCUUUGAAGUGAUCGUGGAGGACCGCGAUGGACCGCAAAUCACCAAACCUCCAUUAGACAAAAAGGUCGAAGAAGGAAGCCUCGUAAGAUUUCACUGUCAAGUCACCGGAAACCCAGAGCCAAUUAUCUUCUGGGAACUGAACGGCAGGCGAGUGGAUGAAAGAAUCCACAACCGGUACACAGUCUCCGUGCGUAGUGGCGAAUCGGUGCUCGACAUCGAUCCCGCCAGACGCAGACGUGAUGCUGGCGUGAUCACGUGUGUGGCCGACAAUAGCAAGGGACAGUACUCUAGAAAUAGUGCCCACCUUCAAAUAUAUGAUGGUACCAGUGAGUAUCCACGUACUGUUUUUGGUCAGGACUCUCUGGCGAAGUCAGAGAUUGUUUCCAGAACAGGCGUGUAUGAACAGUUCUUUGAUGUAAGCAUGCCAAAAAUUACCCACAUCCACACCCACAGUGUCCACGUUGUGGAAAUCCUGCUGUGA